AUGCACAUUUUGAAGUUUCCGUGGCUCACCCAUACGGAGGAGAAGCGGAAGUACGAGGUGUUCUCCGUAUCCGUAUCGGCGGAUGGUCAGCGGCUCGCUUCUGGAGGUCUUGAUGGCAAGGUCAGAAUCUGGUCCGUGGAGACAUUGAAGAAGUACAAGCAGGAGGUGUCUCAGAAGGAACCGGAGAAUGAUCUUUUGGAGGACGGGUCCAGCUUGGACGGCGGCUUGGAGGAGCCGUUAGCGAAUAACGUUGAUUUUGACCCGACAAUCUGCCGUCCGCUUUGCUCAAUGGGUCGUCACACGGGAGCAGUGACGUGUGUGAGAUUUUCUCCCACGGGACGCUUUCUUGCGAGCGGGUCUGACGACAAGGUGAUUCUGAUUUGGGAGAAAGACGAGGAAAAAACGCGGAUUAUGGCCCAAAAUAUGGAGCAUCGUCUACAGUUUGGUACAGACUUGGAAACGGCAGAUCUAGAGCAUUGGACGGUGCGAAAACGUCUCGUUGCUCACGACAAUGAUAUCCAGGACAUGGCGUGGGCUCCCGAUGCGUCUAUCUUGGUUACAGUCGGGCUGGAUCGUUCAAUCAUUGUGUGGUCCGGGGUCACUUUUGAGAAAAUUAAAAGAUUUGAUAUUCAUCAGUCUCAUGUUAAGGGUGUGGUUUUUGAUCCGGCGAACAAGUAUUUCGCCACCUGUUCGGACGACAGAACAUUGAGGAUCUUUAGGUACCACAGGACUUCUCCGACGGAAAUGUCCUUUACCGUGGAAUCCAUCAUAAGAGAGCCGUUUCGCAAGACUCCACUGACGACGUAUUACCGACGCUGUUCGUGGUCUCCAGACGGCCAGAACAUAGCGUCUCCAAAUGCAAUUAAUGGCGGUCUGUGUUCGGUUGCCAUUAUAGAGCGAGGCAGCUGGGCCAGCGAUAUCAGUUUAAUUGGUCAUGACGCGCCUUGCGAGGUGUGUUCGUUCUCUCCACGGUUAUAUGAAAUUCAAGGGAUUUCCCAGAAAGAUAAAGAGCCGGAAAUUUCGACUGUUCUGGCGACAGCAGGCCAGGACCGGACAUUGGCUAUAUGGAACACGGGAGCUGCGACGCCGCUCGUUGUUGCGGCAGAUAUUUCCAUGAACACUAUCACAGAUUUGGCCUGGGACCCGAACGGAGAGGUCCUAUUUUUGUCUUCCCUUGACGGUUCCAUAAUGACGGUUUUCUUUGAUGAAUACGAACUGGGUUCUGCUAUCCCGAUCGAUCAGCAUGACAGCGUCCUGAACAAGUACGGUGCCGACAGGGACAGCAUGGUUUUCCCAGAGAGUGUUGAACAGUUGGAACUCGAAGAGAAAGCUGAGGCCAUAUUAAAGACGAAAACACCCUCGACGAAGUUAGACAGACUCAUGGAAAAAAUGGAAUCGAUGGAGCCGUUGGGCCAGACAGGCAUGUUUGCGCAGCCGGAGCUGAACACCCAGGCAGCACCGCAGGUGAACAUGUUGGUGCCAAGAUCGAAAAAACAUCCUGAUAAAGUUAUGCCUACGAUCAAGACCAAGCCUGUGAGCUCGCCGGCGAAGUCCACCCCCAACGUAUUGACACCUAGUGCACAGAAAGUGACUGUGACGAAGUCUGGCAAAAAACGUGUUGCUCCCAUGCUAAUUUCUGGGUCCCAGCCUGCACAAAACCUGCCAAAGCCUGCUUUGGUGGUUAAACGUGAGCCCAAACACCAAUCGCAACUCUCAAAACCGGCAGUUAAAAUCCCAAGACUAGGGUUGCAAACCAUGGUUUCCUCUCUGCGGGAUAACGUUGUCAGUGAAACGCCGAUUGGAGACCACGACACCGAAAACGAUAUUGACCACAUUUCUGAGAUCACACACGCUCCUAAAAGGCCAAUAUCAACACGCUCAUCCACAGCCAAGAGAAAAAGAGAGGUGGAAACUCCUCAAUACCUUGCCACGUCGAUGGUCACGCCGGCUACCAUAUUCACCGACAUGAGAGUACAGCCACGAGUACUGCUAGAAUUCAAAGGACCCGAUCUUGCUAAUGGGGUGGUCAUGGAGAUACGCAACAGCGGAGAGGACGAUGGCGAGGAAGAAGUUGAUUACGACGACCUUGAGGAGUUUAAUUCUAUCAACAAAUUAUCAGUGUUCCAUGCAAAGGAAAAACUGGACCAAUUCCAAUUUUUCUACAACCACAAGUUCACCGCUGCCUGCAGUUCCUCGUUUGUGGAUGCUACCGAGCGCCAGGUAGAGUUCUGGGCCGUGGCCACCGAGACGGGAGUGGUGUUUAUCCUGUCUGAUUUUGGCCGUCAGCUGUUGCCUCCAUUUCAAUUGGGAAAUAAUUUGACACAUUUACUUAGCAACAAGCAGUAUGUUCUGGCCGUCACGUCUUCCGGCUUGUUCUACAGCUGGGAUGUUGAGAAACGCGCAAGUAUUUUGUCCGCAGUGUCGAUAUCUCCCAUUAUCAACCAAUUUGCCGAAAUCGACUCCAAGAGAUUUGAGAAUUCAGUCAAGGUGGCUUCCAUCCUCCUCAACUCCAACGGCUGGCCAAUCGUGACCUUGAGCAACGACCAUGUUUUCAUGUUCAACCCAGACCUCGAGUCCUGGAUAAAUGUACUGGAUCCCUGGUAUCUCCAAAACGUUCCCCAGACAGAUAUUGAUCCUGCCGGCUUCAAAUCUAGAACAUACCGCAUACUCUACAAACGGCUUGCACGCAAUUACAAGCCCAACGGCAGUCUUGAUAAGCCUACGGCUGACGUGAUCAACGGCACUUUCAAGUCUCUCACCAAGCUUAUCUCGGAAUCCGUUUGA